AUGGACGCCAAGUCCGCAUCCCACCCCUACGUCGACCCGACAGCGUCGCCCGCGCCGGCGGUGCCACAUCCAGCGUCGGUCGCAGCGCAGGCCUCGAGUCAGGGCCUCAGGGCUCUCAAAGAUAUCACCUUCGGCUCGGUCGCCGGCGCGAUCGGCAAGAUAAUCGAGUAUCCUUUCGACACGGUCAAGGUCCGCCUUCAGUCCCAACCCGACCACCUUCCCUUGCAGUUCAAGGGCCCUUUGGACUGCUUCCGCCAGAGCAUCCAGAGAGAUGGCGUGCGAGGCUUGUAUCGCGGUGUGAGCGCGCCUUUGGUCGGUGCCGCCGCAGAGAAUGCCAGCCUCUUCGUCGCCUAUGGCCUCGCCCAAGACCUGUUAAAGGCGACAGUGGUCCCCGUCAAGGAGGGCGAGGAACUCCCACUGAGUGCCAAAUUGGUCGCUGGCAUGGCAUCUGGCGGCAUCACUUCCCUCGUCCUUACCCCGAUCGAAUUGGUGAAAUGCCGCAUACAAGUUCCCAUCCAAUCCUCCGUCGACCCGAGCCUCUCCACGAAGCCUCUUGGCAUUUUCAAAGUCAUAACAGGCAUCUACCGACAGGAAGGCCUAAUUGGCUUCUGGCGAGGCCAACUGGGAACAUUUUUGCGCGAGACCGGUGGGGGUGCCGCAUGGUUUGGCAGCUACGAGGCUCUGUCUCUAUACUUUUUGAAGCAGGCACGUCUCAAGGACCCAGAGGCGAACAGCAUCCCCAUCGGGCAGCAGUUGACCUCUGGAGCCGUGGCGGGCAUGUCGUACAACUUCAUCUUCUUUCCCGCAGAUACGAUCAAGAGCAAGAUCCAGACAGGAGAGUUGACUGGGGUCAAACCGACAUUUACAAAUGUUGGGAAAGAGCUGUACAAGGCACACGGAUUGAAGGGACUAUACCGGGGCUGUGGCAUUACGGUAGCCAGGAGUGCACCAAGCUCCGCUGUGGUCUUCACGAUCAUUGAGUAUCUCAGGAAGGCUUUUCCAUGA